AUGUCUGCUGUCAUCGAAAAGUCUCAAAAUGUUUCAUCAAGCCCAGGGUGGGAUGAGAAAACUGUGAAUGAAGCAUCCGAAAGCACAAAGAUCGACCAGGAGCUUCUUGACGCACUCGAUAAGCCCAAGGAAAUCCUCAAAAUUGUGCAAGAGGGGCUUCUCCUGGCUGGAGGGGCUGUAGCCAUUCUUCUGCAAGUGGCCAAUCCAGGCGUGGCGAAAGGAGUUGACCAGCACAGUAACUUCUCUUACCGGCCAUUGGACCGACUACGAACUACCAUGACAUAUGUCUAUUGUAUGGCCUUUGGCAGCCAAUCGGAAAAAGCUAUCAUUAUUGACAUGGUCCACAAAGCCCAUGCUCCUGUUCAAGGCGCUGAUUACUCCGCCGACGAUCCUGGGCUUCAGACAUGGGUCGCUGCAACUCUUUACGCCGUUGGAGUAGACAUGUACCAGCGCAUAUUUGGCGAGUUAGACAGGGAAACCGCUGAGACCAUAUACAAAGAGUAUGCUAUCCUGGCUGUCUCGUUGCGUGUGCCGCCGGAAAUGUGGCCAAAAGACCGUGCUGCAUUCUGGGAAUAUUGGAAUGAGCAGAUUGAGACGGUCGAGAUUAGCCAACACGCGAAGAACGUUGCCAAGGAUCUACUGUACAAUAAAAAUGCCCCUCUGCACGUCUGGGCGAGCCUACCGCUGGUGCGACUCAUCACGGCUGAGAUGCUACCAAAGCGAAUCCGUGACGAAUACGGGCUUAAGACUACUAAAGCCAGAAGAGCUACUUACAAGUUUGCGCUGGGAUUCGCGAAAAUGACUUAUCCAGCCUUGCCGAAAUUCAUUCGCACAUAUCCCAAGCGGUACUACAUGAAAGAUAUGCGACGUCGAAUGCAGAAAGCGACGAGCUAG